GCCUCAGGGAAACCUAACAAAUCGAGGCAAGUUCAGAGGAAAGAAAAAUGUUGAGCGCCGAUCUUCCUGAAGAAAUUGUGGAGGAGAUAUCGAUGAGGCUUCCUGUGAAAUCCCUACUUCGAUGCAAAUCCGUGGCGAAAUCCUGGUACGCACAAAUCACUAAUCCAUCUUUUAUAACUAGACAAUUUGAAUGGUCUGAUUCAAUCACCAAAAACCGCCGCCACCAGCUGAUAUUUCGAUUGCACAAUGCCUCUCUGAAGCCUUGCAUUUCUCUAAUUUCCGACCUGGAACCCAUCGAUAUAGAAGUGCCGUUUCCUGAGAAGGAUGUGGAAUACAUAUUUGUUUAUGGUCAAUGUAAUGGGAUUUUCUGUCUCUAUGGGGUCUAUGGAGGAGACAAAGCUGGUGAGGCCAGCUUGAUUCUGUGGAAUCCUGGAACAAAAGAGGUGAAAGUUCUUCCUGCAUCUCAGAACCAACCCAGAGACAUGGUUUAUAUCAUAUAUGGGUUUGGAAUUGAUCCUAUUACAAACGAUUACAAGGUUGUUCGAUUUGGGAACCUGGCUUUUGAAGGAAGAGAACAACCUCCAGUUGAGGUGUAUAAUCUCAGUACUGGUUCUUGGAGAACCAUAGAUUCUGUUGUCCCUGCUUUUCGAUUGUGUUAUCCAAGAUGCAGGGCUUAUCUGAAUGGGUUUUAUCACUGGCUAACUGAAGAUAAUAAUGAUAAGGCCAUUUUGUUCUUUGAUUUCGGCAACGAGGUGUUUGGGAAGAUUCAGUUGCCUCCUGAAAUUGAUCAAUCUUAUGAAUCAAAUGUUGCUGUGGUUGAUGAGAAACUUGCUUGUGCUGCUACAUAUAAGAUGACCAAUUGUAGAUAUGAAAUCUGGGUGAUGAAUGAGUAUGGUGUUGAGAGUAGCUGGAGUAAGAAAUUUGUUAUUGGACCAAACCCAGAAUUUGGAUCAUUUUUAGGAUUUUGGGGAGAUGAUGAGAUUCUUGUUGAAAAUGAAGGUCAUUUGGUUUCAUAUAAUAUUAAGAAUCAGAAGAUACAGAGGCUCGAAAUCCAUGGAGUUCCAAAACUGUUCAAAGUGUUUGAUUAUUUGGAAAGCUUGGUUUCUUUGAAGUCUUGA